UGCAGAUCGAUCAUGGAGGCGGCGGCGGCGGCGGCCUCGUCGUCAUCCCGGUCAUGCGUGGACCGGCUGGGCGACCUGCCGGAUUGCCUCCUGCAGGGCAUCCUGUCGUUCCUGGGUUCCCGGCAGGCCGUGCAGACGACCGCGCUGUCCCGGCGGUGGAGGAACGUCUGGCGCUCCGUGCCCUGCGUGGACAUCGACCAGCGGGAGUUCCCCUCCGUGCCCCGCGUCGACAUCGACCCGCGGGAGUACGUCCUCCACGGCCUCGACGACAGCGGCUGGCACCAACUUGGGCACUUCGCCAACAUGAUGACGACGUUGCGCCCGGGCGUCCAAGUCGGGCCGGCGCCGCUGGACGCCUUCCGUCUCUACUUGGUCGGCCGUGGCCCGUUCGACGACUGGGUCCACUUCAGCCUGAUGCGCCGCCCGGCGGCAGUCGACGUCCACUACGCCUACGGCAGCGCCAUGAACCUGCCGCCCUUCCUGAGCUUCAGCCUGGACCCCGCAUGCGCCGACAUCACCUCCCGCCUCACCACCUUGCGGCUCUUCGGCCUCAGCCUGGCAGACGACUUCGCGGAGCAGAUCAGGGACCGGUGCCCGGUGCUCGAGAGCCUGCACGUCGAGAGCUGCGUCUGCUGUUGCCACACCAUCGCGUCGCCCACGCUCAAGACGCUCGCCAUUGUCCUCACCCACCACGACUACAGAAGCGCCCCUCUCCUCCUCGUGCUGCCUCGCCUCGCCUCGCUGCGCCUCGUGCUUCCCUUCGGCAGCACCCAUGGCUACCCGGUAGCAAUUGCUCCACCAGAAAACAACGUCGUCCAAGCGUCCUUGUGUAUAUCAGACACCGACGGCGAGGAACUACUAGGGCUCGGCCAACCGGUGACUAAAUACAAGCGCCGUUUCUUGAAAUCCAUGUACCACCUCCUGCUCCAACUACCCAAUGUCAGAAAUCUGGUUUUGUCCGGCUUCACAACCAUGGCGUUGUUACGCUGGAAAUCGCAAGAAUUCCCACUAAUGCAAAGCUUGAGAACCUUGCUUCUAGAUGGGUGUGAUGUUGGAGCCAACUUCUUCGCACUGACCAUCAUCCUUCGCAACGCCCCUAAUCUGGAGGGGCUUAGGCUGCACCGCUGCAAGUCUCUAGACCCACCUAAUAGAGGGAAAUGGAAAGCAGAAUUGAGGAGAUCAUGUUCCAUACACUGUAGACCAAUACUCGCUCACGGCAAGAAGUUGGAGUCAAUAGAAGUUAAGUACCGACGAGCUGAUAUUCCUCACAUGGCCAAGGUUUUAUUAGAAAUUUUGAUGGGAACACCAAAGGAUGUGGGGAAAAUGGUGCCUACUCGUGGCGAUGUGUUAAGAGAUCGAGCACCACACAAGACGAUACAAUUAUUUGGGCCAGGAAAAUGACGAAGGCUAUCAAUAGAAGUUCAACUGGUGGGCACUCAAAUUUAAAGUGAUAUGGUUAAUUAUUGAUUUGUGCCGCUCCUGAUUGAUGAUGUAAUAAGUGUUAUAGUUUGUUACUAGGACAUAUGCCCAUGCGUUGCAACGGGAAAGAAAAUUGACGUGCAUUUGCAACCACAACAC